AUGUUCGCGAGCGGAGGCUACGAUCAUGUGGUACAUCUCUGGGACGCCAGCAGGAACGUCUCAAGGCCGUCGCCAACCUCACUGGUAAUCAAACACACCUCUACCGUUCAAUCCCUCCUAGCCAUCCGCGACACGAGUCAUAAGCUCAUAUCAGGUGGGGCGGACUGCAACGUGCAUAUCUACGAUCUAUCGUCGGAGCGUGUUGUGAAUACGCUGAAAACCUCGAACUCCGUGUAUCACAUCCACGAGGCUCUCUCGCCUUUCUGCGCCUUACUGGAGGUGGCACAUAGAGAAUUACAGUUCGAGAUCCGCGACCGUCGACUAGUUCCUCGGGAGGCGGUCCAAAGGUUUGGUUACCCUUCUCAGACGACGCAUGGCCGGUAUAUCAAAGGCAAGAUCCCUUGUUUUCCCGGUCAACGAAUCAUUCAGGUCGUGUUCGAUGACGCGCGCCUUGUUGCAUGCUCCGAAGACCACGAACUUGCGUACAUUCAUUAUCGGUCCGGCGAAUAG